AGUGGACAGAGCUGCAAACCAGUUGAAAUCCCCCCUCCACCGGAGCAGAGGGCGAGAGGGUCUAGCCCUGCAGUCCAGCUCAAACAUGGCGGGCCGUGGAGGCGACGUGAUGUGUUCACGGUCCGGGUCCGGAUCCGCCACCGACCGCCCAGCUUUAACGAUGCCCGUGUCCGAUGAGCAGAAACCGAGGAAGAAGAGGAGAGCUUUCUGCCUGACCAGGAUGAAGUCCCGCAGCAGCUCCGGAGAACAGCACCAGCAUCAGCCCGCCGCAAACAACAACAACAUGCCGUUCAUGAUCCACUGCCAGAUCGGCAAAGAGAUCAAGCACAUCUGCAGCAACUGUCGAGGAGCCGAGCCGCUGGACGCUGAGGAGGUGGAGAGGUUGGCAGCGAUGCGCUCAGAUUCACUGGUUCCAGGCACACACACACCUCCCAUUCGGCGGCGGAGCAAAUUCGCCACCCUGGGACGUCUGUUUAAACCCUGGAAGUGGAGGAAGAAGAAGAGUGAAAAGUUCAAGCAGACCUCUGCUGUGUUGGAGAGGAAAAUGUCCACUCGCCAGAGCAGAGAGGAGCUCAUCAAGAAAGGAGUGCUGAAGGAGGUUUAUGAGAAAGACGGCUCUUCCCCAGCUGUACGAGACGAGGUGAAGAUGGAAAACGGGCGUUCUCCGGUGCUCGGCUCCAGCCUGUCAGAGCCUGAAGGUACUGAGAUGAUGGAAGGAGCCGCUGCAGCUGUAGGCUCUCUGGAGUUUCAGAUGCCAAGUGAGGGUGCUUGUCAACAGGACCACACCCAAAAAUCUACAAAGAAGUCCACUGUGUAUCCGGCUGACAGCGCCGAGUUGACGCUCUCCAGACCUCCUACGCUACACAAACAACCUCCUGCGCUACCACCCAAACCCUUCAACAGGCUACCUAAUCACAUUACAGACGGUGCCCCGGUGAAGUUGCCGUGUAUGUCGGCGAAGUUAUCUCCUCCUCUACCUCCAAAAAAGCUCAUGAUCUCCGUACCUGUAGGGAGCAUGGAGCCCUCUCCACUCGCCUUCCAGAAGUGCCCCCCUCCCAGCCAUGCUCCAAUGGGCGGGCACUCCCUGCAGUACGGAGCGCUACCCCUCCACCCCCCCAGCCGAAUCAUAGAGGAGCUCAACAAGACCCUGGCCCUCACCAUGCAGAGGUUUGAGAGCUCCAUGAUGCACGCUGUUCCCACGGUGAUGAUCGAGUGUGACGACGACAAAGAGAACCUCCCCAACGAGGCAGACUACGAGGACCUGCCUGAGGAAGAGGAGGAAGAUGAAGAGGAGGAUGAAGAAGAAGAUGAUGAGGAGGAAGAUGAAGAUGAGGAGGAAGAUGAUGAUGACACAUUGUUUACAAGCACACUGGCCAUGAAGGUUUUACGAAAGGACUCCCUGGCCAUCAAGCUCAGUAACCGUCCAUCGAAGAGGGAGCUGGAGGAGAAAAACAUCCUGCCGCUGCAGUCGGACCAAGAGAGACUCGAGUCUCGACAGCAAACAGCCACAAAACUGACCAGGCGAUUGAGUCAACGGCCGACAGCAGAGGAACUGGAACAGAGGAACAUACUCAAACCUCGAAAUGAUCUGGAGGAGCAGGAGGAGAAGAGGGAGAUCAAGAGACAUUUGUCCAAAAAGCUCAGCCAGAGGCCGACAGUAGAGGAGCUGAGAGAGGCCAAGAUCCUCAUCCGCUUCAGUGACUACGUGGAGGUGGCUGAGGCUCAGGACUACGACAGGAGAGCAGACAAGCCAUGGACUCGUCUGACUGCUGCUGAUAAGGCUGCCAUCAGGAAAGAACUAAAUGAGUUUAAAAGCACAGAGAUGGAGGUGCAUGAGUCGAGCCGUCAUCUGACCAGGUUCCAUCGACCAUAGGAUGGAUCAGUCAGACCUUGGCCAUGCUUUUUCACUCACACACCAAGCCUCAAGUGUUCAGACUGCUACCUGCUGCCCUCAUACUGCUAACAACUACCCUUUCCGGCGUUGACUUCAAACUGAA